GCAGUCAUCAAGAAGCGUGUACCCUCGCUCCGAAAGCUCUUCCAGGAACCGCUUUGACUUCCCAUCUUAAGAAACAUCUCCAUGGCACGGUCGCGGUUUGUUCUUCACGUCGAGAACUUGUCGUCCGUCACGAGAAGUAGUGACGUGAAGCGAGAGUUUGAGUACGCAGGCCCAGUCUAUGAAGUGGAGAGGGACUACAAGACGAGGUCAGCGUUGGUGGAGAUGCGCAAGGCUGGAGAUGCUGAGUACGCAUGGAAGAAAAUGGAUGGCAUCUCGGUGGACGGGCGGAAGUGGAAGAUUGACUAUGCCACCAAGGACGACUUCAAGUUCUUCGGGUGGAAGCUUCCUGAGGAGAUGUACACACCAUCACCCUCUCGCUCCAGGUCUCCGGUCCGAAGCACCCGAUCCGACUGAGUCACUAGCCUGAGGUCACAAGUCUGCUUUCAUCAGCUCCACAACAGACUCUUGGGCUUCGCGCUGUCUCAGAAUAUUAUUUUGGGAGUGCAGGGCGCGCUGAGAAGGCCACUUCUCUGUCCAUCACAUUAAUAACAGCCACUGUACAAUAGCUAUAGCCUUGUCAUAGUUGGAGCUUCCAUGGCUGCUUUCGAAUUGCAAUGAGGUGUCUGUUGUCAGAACCCUGGUACACCAAUUGUACCAUUUAUGCUCUGCUGCAGAGCGCUGUUGAACAAUAAUUGACUAGCCGGAAUUGAUUGGGACAUACUCGUGGUGUCUGUUACUCUGUGGCAUGUACAUGGAAUUUACAGCAAACUUUGGAAACAGCAGAGUUGUUGAGUAUCCUGAACAAGUUUCUGUUGCGCUACAUGAAGCUGAUCAACUUGUAACUGCAACUCCCAGAUUC